GAAGUGAAGGAAUGCAUAUACAAGUGAAAAAGCCAAGGGUUUAAAAUUGCUUACUUAAUUUUGUCAGAAGCAUGUGUCUAGCAUCUCCCAGUAGAGUUAUUUUAAAAAUUUCACACAUUUUCCAGCCCUUCUGGUUAUUGUUGUAUUAUCGUAGUGUGUUUACCUUACAAUAUAAAGCACCCCGGGGCGAAUGUCGUUGUCAUUUGGUGCUUCAGUACAUAAAGAAAGUUGAACUGAGCUACAAAAAAAAGGAAAAAAAAAAGAAGCUCUAAUAGGGGGGUUUUUUGUAUUGUGAAAGUGUGUGUUGUCACCAAGCAGUUCCACCCUCUCCUCCAAAUUUGGUCACUAGUGUCUAAGAAACAAAGCGAAGCAACAACAAAAAGUUGACAACAAUGAUGAAGUUUAUAAAUAGUAACCCACAAAAUCAGUCACUACAUCUAUUUCUUCAAACAGCCUGUGGUAAGAAUUGCUUUCACACAGACCAGUCAUCAUACAAACACAGAAAACCCAAACUACAUAUUGUUCAUAAUCAAUCCUAUUCAAACCUUCGAGAUUUAUGUCGCACUGGCUUGGUCUUCAUGUUAUUUUGGUCCUCAUCUGUGUGGUACUAACUCUGUGUAAUAUAAAGACAAACCCAGUCAAAAUCUAAUUGACAUUUUGACACUAAUGUCACUAAUCCGAAUUAACCUUGGUUAAGUCAGUCAUCGUCAGGCACACAGAUGGCCCUGAUAUUGUGCGCAGCCAAUUAGCACUGCCAUGUCUUAUCGGACACUUGAAGAAAACAGAGCCAUUAUUACAAUGUUAUUAACCCCUUAUUGCCUAGUGUAACAUAUUUGAUACAUACAGUUUUUAAAAACCUUUUUAAACGUUUCUAUAGACUUUUACAUAAUCAGUGUGACCUUUUACCCCCCAUAAGCACAGAUAAAUUGCAUAAUACAUAUUAAGCAAUAAAUUGCUUAAAAAAUGCCGGAUGUAGCAAAUACGAUUUUUAAAUUGUCAGAAGAUUCAAUAAAUGUUCCAUUUAAAAAAAAAAAGUUGUGCAAAUAUGAAACACAUAAAACUUUUAGACAUUUUAUUUUGCACAACUUAAUCAAAUUAUGGUGUCCUCGGGAUUCCCAUAUAACUGUUUGCCAUUCACCUAGGGACCAUUUUUGACCCGAGGACACCACAAGGGUUACUGUGUGUGUUUUUUUGCAAGCAUAGCAAUGAGGCCCUAAUUCUAAUUGACAGCAGACUUGGAAGCUAUAGUGUACUGUAUUGUUUUCUUUAAGGCUCGGAAAGAGAACUGAUUUACAUUUAAGCAAAGCAAGCAAGCAUGCUAUCCUGUAGAGUUUGAGACCAUUAUAUUAAAGAUAUCCAUUCACUUUGACAUACAGAGCCAAAAAAAGUGAGUGUUUAGAGCAGUCUGAAGCCUGAGUUUUGGCUCCUUUGCCAAGUGUUGACUUCAUUAGCUGUAACCAGCGUGGCCAUGUUCAAUAUGAGCACCCACCACUGCAACAGACAUGAUAUGAAAUAAAGAAAAGCAUGGUGUGUUCAUUUUUAAAACAAAUGAAUCUGAGUUGAAGACGGUAUAACUAACACUUGAGUUAAUAAGGAAAGUACUGUCCUGAUUACGCAGGAGUCUCAGCUGUGACAUCAUGGGUGGUGUUCCCUCAUUUCUUAAACUAAAAAUUCAUCCAGGUUCUAGAGAAGAAGAAGCCUUUCAUGUUGCACAGGCUCCUUUCCUUCCUCGUCCCAUAUUUAUCCUAUUGACUUAGGCUGCAGAGGGGAUUAAACACUGCUGUUACUAGUGCUCUGCCUGUUUUGCAAUACUUGCUGCCUGUUAUAUAUAUAUACACUGUAUCCCCUUCCCACCCCCGAGCCCUUGAUCCCUGGGCUAAUUCCAUGAAUCGUCCAAAUCUAAAUCCACUGAUGGAGCAACGACACACACAGAGUCAUGAUGGUGAAGCAGACAGAAUGGGAGGGAUAGAAAGGAUUUCAUAAUAAAACAUGCAAAUGCAUGUCCAUCUCAUGUGCAGUUGUGCCCAUGGCAAGUUGAUUUAAACAUCCACCAACAGCAUGACCACAGGCCAUCUGUGUGCCCUUUGUAUGUUUCUGUCCAGAUGCACCAGCGACCCAGUGUGCCAACUCAUCAGAGGGGACUGUCAAGCCUGCCUGACGUCACCCAUGCAGCCUCCAUAAUCGAAAGAGACGCUAAUCCUGCUCCUCUCCAAAGCCUGGCAGUGGGGUGGGACAGGGAGGGAUAAUGACAGAGACACGAGGAAGGAAGUCGGAUACGGGAGACGGCGGAGAGCGUGUACGCUUUGGGCAAGCGGACUCAGCACUGAUCUGGACAAGCGAGACACGGGCACUCUCCUGCCUGACUAGUCGAGCCACCUCCUUCACCAUCUGCUAAACACCUGGGAUCCCUGAGAGUUUUGAGCCCUCCCCAUCCAGGUUUCGCCCUGGAGGCUGAAAACCUCAAUGAGGGUCCUGCAGAGGGGGACUGCUAUGGGAGUUGUUCACCUCCCUCUGCACCCCCUCUCGUAUCACCAGCAGAUGAGCCGAGCUUCACCACUGUGACACUGUGCCAAGAUGGAGAGGACAUAUGCCUGACAGCAACUGAUGGAGGUAUGGAGGAGAUGAGUGGUCAGAAUCCAGAAUGUGAAGACAUGCAGAGUAAAGAACAAAGACUGCCAAUCCAGAUCUUUCCUGACCCUGUUGAGGUUGUCCUGGAUCCCGAGACCUCUCUGAACUGCCUGGGUCACGAGCACGAGAAGGAACGUCUACCCUCUAUUGUUGUGGAGCCAACUGAGGUGAGCGAGGUGGAGAGUGGAGAGCUGCGCUGGCCUCCAGAGAACAUGGACAUGGAGGAAGAUGAGGAGGACCUGUUCUUGGAGCAGUGCAUCCCCCCGGCCAACAUUGCAGAUUGGGGAGAAGAGGAGGAGGAAGAGGAGACAUCGGUUAUAUUGAAUCAGCAGCAAGGCUUGACACUCAUUGACCUUCAGUCGGAUGCGUUCAGAGAUGACACUCCUACACUUCCACCCAGCAGUGCUCCAGCCUUCAACUGACCUUACCUCUGAGGACUCACCGUCUCUGAGAAACCAGCGAGGAAGCAUCCCAAUAUGAACUUAUGACAGCAACUGUGACAAAAUUAAACAAAUACUGUACUGAUAAUGUGUUUUACAUGGUAACAACUCCGUGCCAGCUGGGACUUUAAUGUUCGUCUUUAUACCAAUGUGCACAAUAAGAGGUGGACUAUGACAAGACUGCGUGUGCAAUGGAAAACAAACCCACGUUCUUCCAAAGUCAGCAAUUUUUCAAUUUCUAGAGAACAAUUUGCUGACUCUGUGUUUGAUCUUCUUUGUCAUUUCCUGAUUUUGUCAAAAACAGGAAAUCCUGCCACUCAAUUUUCCUCACACGUGUUUAUGUUUAUGCAAAUGUGUUUCUCUGUCUCUUUAAUUAAUUUUUUUGUCUCACAGUCAGUCUUCUUGAGGAUAUUUGCCUAGUCAUACCUUUAGUAUGUAGUAUAUGUUACAGUACUGUAAACUCAGUUGGCUGUUCUCUGGACACACAUGCAGUUCUGCUCUGAUAUGUCUUGAAUGUUUGGAGAAUCACAUAUUAAAAACCUACUUUGCCGUUAAAAUUCAGGCAUGAUAUUGUUUGAUUUAAACUCAUCUAUGAGGCAGCUACAUCCCAAAUCAGAUGCCCAGUUCUCUGACGUGGGAGUGACAGAUGCUCACUGCUGUUGUGUAAUAUCAGCAUUUUCCACAAGGUUGCAGAAAUCACUUUUCAGAAGCAAUGUGAUGCAUGGUGAUCAACACAAAGGGAGCUCGACUUGCUUUCUAUUACCACAGCUGAAAAACUCUAGUUCUUUUACUGUACUAUAGGUUGUGAGUAGGCUAAUUUGUGAAUAAUAUGUAUAUAUGAUAAAGAUGAUGUGUUACUGUAAAAUUAUUGUUUCAAGUUUGACAAUAAAGUCUUUUGUCCCAUUGAAA